AUGUACACUUCAACACAACCUCACACUGAUAGAUGCACACACUGACACAAAAUGUGCAGGCACGCAGCCUCACAAAUUAAGGACACACAUUCUGAUGUGUGGAUACACAAAGCCAUGCUUUGCCAUUGUCAAAUACACACACAUUCUCUUGUCACAGACACUCAUCUGACCACAAGCACUCACAGUCCAGAAUGCAGCCAGACUCUAGACUCAAGAGGAGCUCCCUACUCUCCCUGACCUCUCCUGCUGCCCUCCUGUUCUCUGUUCUGUCAAAAUUAAACUGCCCACUGGAUUUUAGAGGAUUUUAAAGAAGCUGCUGUUGACUCGUGAAAAGAAAUGUGAUUUGCCAUGUGAGAACCUCCUCACUGUGGUCCCGGGAAUUGUGGUCUUUGGUAGGACUGUCGGACUUUGUCUUCACAAACACAGUGACUCACACGCGCACCCACACUACAAAGGGCUGGACUCUCUCCCACAGCUGUCUGAAACAGCUGAUGAGAACACACAAGGGGAAACAGCUGAUGAAAACACAGGCUGUGGACAGAAAGGGCAGAGAAACCAGAGUCAGCAGAGAGCAGCAGUCUUCUGGGCCAGACCUGAGGCAGCACGGGUCUGCUGGGCUGCCAGGAGCACAGAAAGCCCCAGGAGGAGAGAGACCUCCACACUCUGGGAAAAUUAGACGAAGGAAAGCAGCUGCUCACACACGCCGCUGAGAUUCUUUGCCCAGAUCACGGGCUCUGACCACCAAUCAAGAUGGAGGAACGGGGGAAUCUGCUCCGACAAGUCCCCAGACCGCCUCGGGUCAGCACCCCAGUCCUAGUGAUCUCCAAGAUUAUCAUGAUUGCAUUGCCCAUUGCGCAGAUCGUCAUAGGCACCCUGUACCUGCACGACUGCCCCAGCCAGCGCUACAUCCCCAUCUACCUGCUGGUGACGGGGGUCUUCUCCGUUGUCCUCAGUCUGCUGUCCUGCCUGCCCUGCGCCAAGGAGGAGGAGGAGGGGGGCAGCAGCAGCAUGCUGAGCAGCCUGUGCACCACCUGGAACUCCCUGACGUCUCUUUUCCUGUUCUGCUGGUUCAUCGCAGGCAACGUCUGGAUCUAUUCCAUCUACCAGCCCAAUUACACGAGAGGAGAGCCCGACUUCUGCAACAAGACGCUGUACCUCUUCGCCUUCUGGGCCACCACGCUGGUCUACAUCUUCCUGGGGCUGUUCAUGGUGGGGGGGUGCAUUGUCAUGAUGAUAGUCUGCAUUUGCAGAGCAGUGGAGGCUUAGGGGGGUGAUGACGUUUACAUGUAUACCUCCCCCACCCCCCCCCUUCCCUAAAAGGAGAAUCCCUGCACUUUUCACCCAACUCUCUUUCUCACUUACUGGGCUUUAAAACCACAGUGGACUUUUCUGGCUCCUUUUUUUCCCCGUGAUGUUUUAAUCCCCAAAUCCUAACUGCGCCAAGGUGAAACUUCAUGCACAGCACCUAAACAUGUUUGGGGGGGGGGUGUAUUUUUUAUUCCUUAUUUGAAGAGGUGGGUACACUGUUUGGUAGUCCUCUUGCUUUGUGCAUCACGGUGCCUAGCCUCCAGAUAUUUAAGUCGAAGCGUUCUUGGUUUCGCCCUCGGCAUCUCGGCCUGCUUUCAGGGUGAUCGAGACCCUCCCCGUCUGUCGCUCGUAGCCGCAGGAGAGACCCCAGCUGUAACUGCGUCUGUAUGCUCCAGGCAGGGGGAAGGGGCUUCUCCUUUGGGACAGACCGCCUCCAGAUGGCCCCACUGGGCACUGUGUGAGCUGGAGUCGAACAGCAAGGGGUACAGGGCUUCAUCACUUGCUAGUGGGGUUGCAGUUGAAUCUGCCGUCACAGAAAGACAGAUUGUCUGCAGAGGUCACAGCAGGAAAGACUCACCAGGCCGUACACCCGGGACACUUCUCAGAGCAGCCAGGCCGAAUCCAGGAGGGGCUCUGUGUCACAUUUUUGUUUUCCUCGCUGUAAUUAAUUCACGUCUUCUAAAUGCCUUGUUUCUCAAAUAAAACCGACACGUGUUUCACACCAGCACCCCCGAAAUUUCAGGGUUCACAAUGAAUUUCGCCCUUCCUGUUGCUGGCUGUACGCCCCCCGCCUGGUUAAGCUGAGCCACCUUGCAGGAGGUGAGCCGGCAGACAGGCCCUCGCAGGCAUUGAUCUGUUCUGUUUCAGGGGAAGUCACAACAUGUUGUGAAGUGUCACGUGUGUGUGCGCGCGCGCACACGCGCGCACACACAGACCACUUCCUCCUCUCCCACACAGAGGCACAGUGGCUCGUCACCUUUGACCUUUAAGAAAGGGCACUUUGGGGUCUGUGGUGUCCAGCUGUUAAAGUUGUUCAGUUGUUAGAAGAGAGUACUUGAGUUUGCACUGAUUCCAGAAACACAAGGGUGGAGCCUUGGGAUGACUGGUACUGACAUGAUGUGCCCUGAAGAGGGUGCUGUUGCUGUACAAUUAUGUCGUCAACAGAAAUGGGCUGAGAGGGGGACAAAUACUGGCUGUUCUUCUGAAAAUGCUCCUUGCAAUAGAAGUACUGAGGAAGAAUCAAUCAAGUAUUGUGUAGCUCUUCAAAACCCAUCAGGAAUGCAGUACUACUACCCUGCCCCUACUAGCCUCACUGUUCGCAGUGCUAUUGCACCACUCACUAUGCACCUGUAAAAUGAUGGUUUUCGGAAUCGGUCCUGGAGGCUCACAGCCUGUUGCUGCUGACCUGGGAAAAGCUGAAUAGGCUCAAUUAAAGAAACUGCGAAAUUAGCUAAUUCUGCCCUGUAAAGACCUGAUGUGAAGAACACCAGAUUUUCAUAUUAUUUUCUCACCUUGUAUCAUUGAUCAAGUUCUCCUGUAGGAAAUCAUUGUGGGACAUUAUUAUUGGAAAAUAAUAUAUGAUAAUAUUAUAAGAGGUCACUGUGUGAUGCUGAGAAUGUGCUGCGAAUCUUUCGACUUCUGAAAUAUUUUGUAAUCGUAAUAAAAUGUCUGGAAGGCUGAACGGUG